AUGACCGAAACAAUCACCGAAACAGUCACUCUUAGCGGUCCGCCUGAAAUCACGGCGGACAAUGUCGCCAUUCUCUUCCCCGAAGUCGAUACAUCGCUCGCCCGCGAAAUCCUCCCCACCGCUCAGAGCAACAGCGCACGCGAGGCUAGCGAGCUUGAAGGGUACGAUGAAGAACAAGUCCGCCUGAUGGAUGAAGUCUGCAUUGUUUUGGAUAACAAUGACCGCCCGAUUGGAAGCGCCAGCAAGAAGCUGUGCCACUUGAUGACCAACAUUGACAAGGGUCUCCUCCACCGCGCGUUCUCUGUUUUCCUUUUCGACUCCAAAAAGCGUCUGCUGCUCCAGCAGCGCGCUACCGAGAAGAUCACCUUCCCCGAUAUGUGGACCAACACCUGCUGCUCACACCCUCUGGGAAUUCCUGGUGAGACAGGCUCUGAGCUGGAUGCUGCUGUGCUGGGCGUGAAGCGUGCCGCGCAGCGCAAGCUUGACCACGAGCUGGGCAUCAAGGCUGAGCAGGUCCCCUUGGACAAGUUCGAGUUCUUCACCAGAAUACACUACAAGGCCCCCAGUGAUGGCAAGUGGGGUGAGCACGAAGUGGACUACAUCCUCUUCAUCCAGGCCGAUGUCGACCUGGACCCAAGCCCCAACGAGGUCCGCGACACUACCUAUGUGUCGGCCGAUGAGCUGAAGGCAAUGUUCGAGCAGCCUGGUCUGAAGUUCACUCCCUGGUUCAAGCUCAUCUGCAACUCGAUGUUGUUUGAAUGGUGGAGCCACCUCGGCACCCCUGCCCUGGACAAGUACAAGAACGAACAGGAGAUCCGUCGGAUGUAA